AUGUUGAGCCGUCUGUUCAGCGAGGUGCUGCCGGACGUCCAGAGGCUCGCGGCCGACUGGGUGGAGGACAAUGAGAGCGACGACCGCAAGGCCAAGGGCGAAGAGCACGAGCCCUGUCACCUCGAGGAGGACGAGCUCGACGAGCCACAGGAAGGCAGCAGUCGGGCUGAGUCUGAGAUGGCCGGCGACGACGACGAGGACGAUGAGGCCGAGGAGGAGGAGUGUGGAGACGAGAACAGCGGAGACAAACCCAAGAAGCGCGGCCCAAAGAAACGCAAGAUGACGGCGGCGCGCGUGGAGCGCUCCAAGGUGCGGCGACUGAAGGCGAACGCGCGGGAGCGCACGCGCAUGCACGACUUGAAUUCUGCGCUGGACAAUCUGCGCAAAGUGGUGCCAUGCUACUCCAAAACUCAAAAACUCUCCAAGAUUGAGACUCUGAGGCUGGCCAAGAACUAUAUAUUAGCUCUUGGGGAGAUUUUACGCAACGGGAAACGUCCAGAUGUGGUGAGCUACGUGCAGAUGUUGUGUAAAGGCCUGUCACAGCCCACGACCAACCUGGUGGCAGGCUGCCUGCAGCUCAACACGAGGAACUUCCUGACCGAACCGUGUUCAGACGGAACCCGCUUCCACAUGCCCAGCUCCCCUUUCUCCGUCCACCCCUACUCCUACCGCUGCUCCCGCCUCUCCAGCCCGCAUUACCAGCCCGGAACCGGCGCGCUAAACCUGCGGGGCCACACCUACGGUUCUGGGUACGAGGCCGUGUACCCGCCGGGGGGGACUUCUCCUGACUACAGCAGCCCGGACUACGAAGGCCAGCACAGCCCGCCCGUCUGCCUGAACGGCGGGCUGUCUGGGAGGCAACAGGAGUCCUCUGAGACGGACAGGAACUAUCACUACUCUAUGCAUUACUCCGGACUGACCACGUCUCGGCCCGGCCACAGCCUACCUUUUGGGCCCUCGGGAGCGCGCAGUGGUGGCGAGCACUCGGAAAACAUUCCACCUUUCCACGACGUGCACUUGCACCAUGAGAGGGCUCCUCCGUAUGAGGAUGUCAAUGCUUUUUUCCACAACUGA